UUGAAAGGGGUAUGUUAGAUUUACAGGUAUACUUACAUCUCCUAUCUGACAAGAUUCAAGGAAGGAAAAUGUCAUUUUACAAAGUAGAUGUUACUCUUACAUCACAAUCAGAGAGGUGAUUGUUUGAGAGCCAGGGAGAGCUUGGCUACUGUACAGUAAUUUACCCUGAAUUUGCUUUAUUUUCUAAGUCCUAUCUCCUUGUCCUCACUAACCUGAGACUUGGGGAAUUAUAGUAGCACGAUGGCAAGAGGGUAUAGGACAGAUCAGGAAUCCAUUGUUGAGGAUUGAGACUUGGCACUGGCUCCACUUUUGAUCCAUGACUGGAGGACUUUAUCGACACUUGCAAGUGACCUGCACGCAACAUUUGCGGUCUGAGGAACCAUAAACACCGUCCACCGUCGAUAUGAGAGACGUUAUGUUGGGACAGAUGGCUGCAGGGGCCAGACUAGCAUAUUAUAUGAGACCUAUUAAUAGGCCUGGCUUACACCACAAUAUUCAGCUGUAACUGGACCCCAUAUGUCAAGUCACGUCCUCUCGAGUGUCGUCACAGCGAGGGGCACUCUGGUUCUGUCCUCCCUUCCCAAUGUAGACAGACAGCCAGCCCACUGUUGUCUGCAGACGAUCCAAGGCCUCUCGGGCCCUCAAACUUCAUGGAGGCUCCAGACACCAGAACCUGGGGCAGCAGGGAUAUUAAAGAGGGGGGAGUGAGGGAGGAAGAGGAGCGAGGAAGCCUCCCCCCACAGAAAAGCGCCAUGGACGAGUUGGACGAGUCAGAUGGUUCGGAGCCCGAGCCCCCGGCCGUCAUCUGUAGGAAGGUGUCCUUUGCUGACGCCUUCGGUCUAGAUCUGGUGUACGUCAAGGAGUUUGACAGUACAGACCCGACGGGGGCAGAGGUCGCUGACCCCCCAGACGCCGAGGUCAAAGUUAAAGAACCGGACGAGUAUUUCCUGUCAUCUUUGUUUACCGUGCCCUCGUCUCCGGAGGAACUCGAACAGAGACUCCAGGAUCAGAAGCUGGAGCUGGAGAGCAUUGAGUUACUUCCUGGCACCACCGUGCUCAGGGGUAUUAUCAGGGUGGUGAACCUGUGCUACAAUAAAUCCCUUUAUAUCCGGAUGACUCUGGAUUGCUGGAAGACCAGCUUUGACCUGCUGGCUGAGUAUGUCCCGGGCUCCAGCGAUGGAACAACGGACAGGUUUGCGUUCAGGCUUACCCUUGUGCCUCCCUUUGAGAUGGAGGGCACCAAAGUGGAGUUCUGCCUCAGAUACGAGACAUCGGUGGGAACUUUUUGGGCAAACAACAGUGACAUGAACUAUGUGCUGUUCUGCCACAAAAAGGGAGGCAGAGACCUGAUAGAGAUGGAGCCUCAGCUAGAGGAAGUAAAUAACUGGAGAGAGAAGAGAAGCUGUCUGAAAGUCAACAGUAAGAUGAACAGCGCUGAGGAGAACCCCGUGGAGACCACUACAGAUGCUCCACAUUCAGCCACACAUAGAGCAGAGGGGGCUGCCAGGAAAACAGUGGACAACGCAGAGCAUCUGCUCUCUAAUUUGCAUCAUGAGGAUUACCAUCACAAACAUUUGGGGGAUAGUCAGAGGAGCAGACGAAGGGCGGCCCGUUCAGCACGAGUGCAGGAAUGCUUUUCUCAGCGAGAGCAGGCGGCAAGACGGGAACACAUUUCCAAUGGGCUACCACAUAAUGGACUGGAGAAACCACCUUCACUGCCUGACAUCAGAAUCAAACCCCUAGGGGACAGCGCCUCCAGUCUCCUACGAUUACGCCAGAAGAAACAAACCAAUGAUACCCCUCAAAUAAUGACAUACCACCAGAUACCCCUACUAUCCCUGGACUGGGGCAAAGAUAAAGUGUGGGCGGGGACUCCAGAUGAGGAUAACAUCUGGAUUAGAACGAGGACCACAACUCAGCUCACAUCAGACAAGUCAGAGGACAAUCUGGGAGAACAAACCUCUGUUUGUGAUCUGUGGGAAGCCUUUCUCAAUGGCACAGACUCCAAAGAUACCACCAGUGUGCCAGAGUCUGAAUGGCUACAGUCGGCAACUUCAGUUUGCCCGUCAAUUGAAACGGAGGAUUUUGAGACUUCCUCAAAAGUUGAGAACCAACAGGAGGAUGACUUGGACUCAAAUACACGAAGAUACACACACUGUGCAGUAGAUGAACUGCCGUUGGGGGCUCACAAUCAUGUGAUGCCUGUGGUCAUUGCCAAGGAGCCACUGUCAAGCUCGGGUGUCACCGUCCCCAGAGACGACAAAGCGUUGGUUUAUGAUCCUUCCCAAAGGUCAGAGGCUAUCCCUGUAACAGAAACUCUACAGGAAUCCAUUCCCUCGGGCGCUGCAAGGGUGGUCGGGGGCUCUGUUGACAGCACGGCUCAGUGCUACAAGCAUGUGGAGGAGGGGAGAGGAAGAAAAGAGGAGCCUUUCACACCAUAUAAAGCAGAGCCGGUAACAAGCUCUGGGGAGACCGAGACAACAGAUAUGACAGCAAUGGCAGAAUCUCAGAAUGCCAAUACAGUAGAUAGAAUCUGGCAGGGAGAAAGGCAAGACAAGACGCUUUCUUCCGAUGUGGAAGCAGAGGUUAAAGGCAAUGUGCACAAAGCAGCUGAUGAUACUGUGACAUUUAGGGAGACAGUCAGAGAAAAGACAGAGGAUAAAACAAACACACAGAGCUAUGGAGUGGAGGAGGGAUUUACACAGGCCUACAAAGAGGAUGAGCUAUUCAGGCCGAACCAACCAGAGGAAAAAGAAUUCACACAAGACCUUACAGAAGAAGAUUUGCAUAAACAGAGUCAAGCAGUGGAAGAUGAAUUCAGAAUUAACCGAAGAGAGAAAAUGUAUUUAGAACUGAACCUAACAGAGUUUGAAGAAUUCAGGCCGAGUCGAACAUAUGAAGAUGAAUUCAGGCUCAAUCAAACAGAAAAAGAAGAAUCAUGCCUGAAACAAACACACAAAGAGGAACUCAGUCCAAACAAAUCAGACGAAGUUGGAAUCAGACCAUUUAAUACAGUGGAAGAUGAAUUAAAACCAAAUCAAUCAGAGGCAGAGAAAUUCAGAUCAAAUCAAAAAGAUAAAGAGGAAUCUAGACUGAACCAAACAUUCGAUGAUGAAUUCAGCUGGAACCAAACUGAGGUAGAGGAAUUAAGACCGAACAAAAUUGAGAUGGAAGAGGAAUUCUCCCCAAGUCAUCAAGGCGAAGAAGAUGACAGACGGAGCGAUACAGACAAAGAAUUGCGCCUGAAUCAUAAAGAUGAAGAGAUAGACAGAGAGAACCGGACAUUUGCUGAAAAAUUCAGACCGAACCAAACACCCAAUGAAGAAUUCAGAUCAAACGAAUUAGAGGAAUUCAGACUGAGUCAGUUUGAUGAAGAACAGAGAGACAGAGAGAACCUAGAAGAGGUUGUAGAAUUCAGAUCCAACCAAACACACGAAGAGGGAUUCUGGUCCAAUAAAACGCAAGAAGAAGAUAUCUAUCAGAGCUUAAAUGAAGAGGAGCUAUACAGAGACAUUGAUAUGGAUGAAGAAUCAUCAACACACAACCUAACAGAGCCUGAAGUAUAUAGGGAAAAGACCACAGGAGAAGUGGAAAAGACCGAAAAUGUCAUGCCCGAAAUGUCCAGAAAGAGAGACACAGGACAGACACAUGAUGAAAUCCGUUUCAAAACUCCAGUAAAGGAGCAAGUUGAGGACUUAACGGACGAUACAGCAAACACUCGAAAUGAGAGUGAGGACGUGUCAAGAGAAAAGGAAGAAGAGCAUGAGGUGACAAUGGAAAACGUUGAAUGCCCAAGACAAGAUGAAGAUGGAAAGUCGUCAGAAGGGUCAAAAGAACUUAUUAUGGAGGAUGAUAAAGAAUCAUUUGAAAAAGAAGUCGAGUUAGGUGAAGAUGAAGAUGAAUAUUUCAGAGAACAGAAAGGUUUGAAUGAGGAAAUGUUAGAAGAGGUGUUAUAUUUGCAGUCGGUUGAUAAUAGUCCUUUAGCCGAACAAGACAAUGAGAAGGAGGAGAAACUGUCAGAUGUGCCUGAAGUCGUUCAAAAUGUGCCGAUCCAUCAGACAAAACGUCUCACUAAGAAAGUGGUGACAGACAUAGACUCCGAGGUAGAUUCUCUCAUGAAGGCACGUACAGUUCCCAAUUUGACCUUUACACCGAGACAAGGCCUUAGCCAAACUACACCCAGUAGCAUUGCAGAGCCCUCUAUGGGAGAUGUACCUCUUUCAAACAGAGGUACAACUGUCUCCUAUCAUUCAUCGUCUCUAAGCACAAGAUUUAACACAGUGGUCAGUGAAGGGAGUGAGUCAGGAUUCAGUAAGGGGUCAACCCAAAACCCAUCGUCAUUAGGGGAGGAUCAGGAGACCCUCAGCAGCCGUACGAGCCCUCCUCCCUCUGAGAAAGUGGAGGAUGCUGCCAGCACCGUCUCGGCAUGGUUGAGGGUGUUCUUUUCUCUCAGUAGCGCAACCAGAGCACUGGUCUAUGCCCUUUUGGUUGCAGUGUUUGUCUUUACCACUCUUGUGUAUAAUUUCCCAGUGUGCUUUGGUCUCUACUUGUUUUCACUAUAUUGGUGGUGCUGUGUGGCAGAUAGGCAACGUGUGACAGGGACUGACAGAAUAGAUGGAGAGAGGUGAAGUAUUUGUGUGUAAAAAAUAAUAAUAUUGUGCACGUGCGCAUGUGUGUGUAUGAUUUGGGUAACACUUUACAUGAAGUUGCUCUUAUACCUGUGUAGUAACACUGUCAUUUCAACUGUAGCAACAUUGUUGUUAUUGUACAUAGUACUUCAGUAUUAGCUAUUGUAAUUAUAAUGCAGUUGUUAAUACAAUGUUGUUACCAGCGUAAUGACAGUGUUACUACAGAGGUAUGCGAGCAACUCAAUAUAAAGAGUUACAAUGAUUUGUUUUAGUUUGUUGGAGUGUUUUAUGGGCCCAAUAUCAAAAGUGAAAAUGUACCAAAGUAUUAAAGGGGAAUUAAAUCCAUUAUUCCAAUAAAGGACAAAAAGGGUCAGCUAAACCGAGUGGGGCAUUGGAGUUUUGAAAGUGGAAGUUUCUUUUUUUUUUAAAUGUUUUUUUUUCUUCUCAACAAUGAUAACGUACGAGCUUCAAGAAAAAGCUUUCCAGAUUUUCCUCAGCUCUAGAAGCUGACUAAAGAUUGCCUCGCAUAGUCAUUGCUGCACAGUUGUUGAAAUGUUUUCAUUUAGACUAGCUGAUAUGUAUAGUCAUCAUAACGCUCCUCUGUAGUGAACUUGAAAUGUGUAAGUCACACAUCCAUGUUGGCAGCAGUUGACUGGGCUGGAGCAUACUUUAGGCAGACAUAUAUUACAACAUCGCUGUGAUCCUGGGAGAUCACUGACUGUCCCCUAUCUGACCUAUCUUUCUCAGACUUGUAGCCUAAGGUCAAAUGGACUGCACUUUUUCAUAAUUUAAUCAUUGUAAGGAUUGGAGAUGAUGAUGAUGAUGAUGAUGAUGAUGAUAUAAGUUGUGUGAUUUCUGUGGCUUUGUCUUUCCAUUAAAAGUCCUUGUAUUUGA